UAGCGAUAAAAGAUAGACACGCGUUACGCGCAGCUGUAUCCGACGAUUCAACAUUUAAUAGGAACGUGGAAGGGAGAACAUGGCCACCGCCUGGUGACGUUCCUUCAUUUGCUGCAAUAUCAAAUGCUCCGAAAAACAUCUGGUGCACCUUAUCUCUGCCAUUAACAAUUAUUUCUUCUUCGACAAUCGAACACGAUAUUCUUCUCUGUGAAUAGUACAACGAAUGUGAUAAUGAACAUGUGGAAAGUGAGGGAGUUUAUGGAUAAGGCAACUAAUGUGGUAAUGAACUAUACUGAAACAGAAGCCAAAGUACGAGAAGCAACAAACGAUGAUGCGUGGGGACCUACCGGUGCAAUGAUGCAAGAACUGGCUCAGGCAACAUUCACAUACGAACAAUUCCCAGAUGUAAUGUCCAUGUUGUGGAAAAGGAUGUUGCAAGAAAAUAAAAGAAAUUGGCGUCGUACGUAUAAGUCGUUGCUUCUCUUAAAUUACUUGGUACGUAAUGGAUCCGAACGAGUUGUAACAUCCUCUAGAGAACAUAUUUACGAUUUACGAUCACUAGAGAACUACACUUGCAUAGACGAGCUUGGAAAAGAUCAAGGAAUAAACAUCAGGCAUAAAGUCCGAGAAUUAAUCGAUUUUAUCCAGGAUGAUGAUAAAUUAAAGGAAGAACGUAAAAAGGCAAAGAAAAAUAAGGAUAAAUACGUUGGCUUGUCGAGCGAAGCAAUGGGUAUGAGAUUUGGGGGUGGAGAUAGGUGGACGGAAAGUCCUAAAUGGAACAAAUCUAGCACGGAUACUUAUAAUGAUUGGGAUAGAGACAAUCGUGGAAAAGGUUUUGAAGAUGCGAACAAUAGCGACGAUGGAGAAAGAGAAGACUCGGACAAUGAUACACAUCCUAGUCCAAAAAGAGGUAAUAGGGAAUACAGGGAUACCAUGGAAAGUAUAGAUCGAAUUGGAAAAACUAUUUCUGGAUCCACAUCCUCUGUGAACGCAUCACCUGUACGAACAACACGCAAUAUCAAAAAAGUAGACUUAGGUGCAGCAGCAAAUUAUGGAAAAGACCAAUCUAAUACAUUCUCCUCCAUGGGUAAUCACCCGAAGAAUAAAAAUGACAUUUUAAAUGACAUCUUUGAUUCUCAAAAGGAUAAUAAUACCAAAUCUGCCAUCGACGAUGAUGAUUUCAAUCCAAGAGGAAAUAAUCAUUCACAAAUUGCUAAUCUUGAUUUUGGUGAUUUUGCUAGUGCAUUCGGUAGUCCUACCGUUAAAAUGAAAGAAAACGAUGAAUUUGCUGAUUUCACAUCGGCUUUUAAUUCUGGCGCUACCUCUCCUAAUAAUUCAUCUGUUCAGUCGCAUGUAUCGCAAAAUAAUCAGCUAUCUUUUAUGGGAUCCACAAUACCAAACACAAGCAAUACAAUGACGAAUAAUUUAAAUAACACUAUGAUUUCUAAUGUUCAACCAACUGGUUUAAAAAUUAUAAAUCCAAGUAAUGUUCAAACGCAGAAGAAUAAUGUUGAUAACAAUUUGUUUGAUUCUUUGCAAUCACUGACAUCCAAUAAUGAAGCAAUAUUAAACAAUAAUACAGUAUGUUCAAAUACUGAUUUAUUAUCAGAUCUUGGGAACUUCAAUUCUUUAUCAAUUGGAUCGGGGGAUAGAAGAGAAAAUAAUACUAACAACUCUAACUUGUUUAAUACCUCUACACCUGUUGUUUCGGGCGAUUUUGGAACAGCGUGCAGACAAGAAGAUAACAUCGCAUCAACAGAGAAGCACUCAGAAAAUGCUGCUAAUCGACUUUUGGAAUUGCUAUGUUCUAUGGGCAAUAUUAAAUCCCAAAGUAGUCUGGAAAAGUUAAAGAUACACAUUUCGAAUUAUAACAUAUUUUUACCUGGUCCACUUACUUAUCAAAAAUACAUUGGUCUAGAUAUGGAUCCAUUUGUUGAUCCUAUGUUACAUGGAAGAAUUUUAGAGGAAAUUAUUAAUAAAUUUGACCGUAAUUUCCCGUUACAAGGGAAUAAUUUAGAUCCAUUAAUUAAACAAUUAAUAAUCAUUGAUGGUAUAUCAUUAGAAAUAUUUUAUGAAACACUCGUGGUAUUAACUCAAGCCUUAAAGCAGUCUACUGACGACAGAAAAAUAUAUAUCAUUUCUAUAAUUUUGGAAGAGCUGAUAAAAAGCGAUGCUUUAUUUUCUGCGAUAGUAAAUGCAUGUAAAUACCAGCAAGAAUCGGCAAUAAAACAAGAAGAAUUAGAACAGACAUGGAAAAGUACGAUACAGCUGUUAGUUUCUUUACCAAAUCGAGUUGCUAACAGAUUAAAAAAGAAAACAUUUGAUAUUUUUCUCCCAGAAAUGUAUACAAAAGUUGUUUGUUUUCAUAUAACUCGUGGAUUUUCUUUCAUUCAUGAUUGCAUGCAAAAUUGCGAUAUUCAAACAAAUUUAAAUAUUUUUUCGGUGAUAAUUAGCAAAAUGGCAAUUACAAUAAGCUCUGCAAACUUGAAUUGCUUGAUUGAUAUUUUAUCAACGUGGUGUUAUGAAAAUGAUAAUAGAAGAAACUUUAUACAAAGUAUUUUCAAAGAACUAGAUCGAACAGCCAUUGAAUCAUUAGCUGUACUAUUUUUAAAAUAUUGCGAUAUUAAAAAUGGUGUAUAUUCGAUUUUUGGAAAUUUAAUAGAAGUAUCAAAUUGGAUGUACACAUUAACAACCAAGAUUCCAUUUAUGUCUUACUAUGAAGACGAGAGUGAUAAUUUUAUUAUUAAUUUUACAAUAUACUUAUUACAAUGUUCAAAAGAUAAUCGUAUUAUGAUAGACUUGUUAAUUAAACUUCUAGAUGUGUGGGGUGAUAAAAGUGCAUUAAAUCAUACUUCUAUGGAACAGCACAAAUAUAUUACGAAAUUAAUUAUUCUUGCCAUAACAGUAGUAAAAAAUAAUAUAAAAACUGACGAUAAAGAAAAAUGCCGUAAACUGAUAUUUUUAGGAAUAUCAACACAUUUGGAAAGUACGCAUAUUAUUCUGAAAGCAAUAGGUAUGCGUACUGGAGAAAUUGUUGUGAAUGCUUUAUCAGAAUCAGGUGAUAGUCCAAAACUAGACUUUCACUACAACCGUAUGGACGCAGAUGUUCUAGAAUUAAUAAAAUCAUUUGAUAUGCUAAUAGAAAAAAUACAAACAUUAAAUUUAAAUCAACCUUGCCAGAGUGAAGAAAAUUUAUAUACUGAUGAUAUCAUUUUCAAUUCACUGGGUGACAAAAAAGUUUUUUAUUUGGGUGUAGAAUGUAAUAUAUUAUCAUUGAAAAAAAUAGAACAACUCAAGGUACUUUCUAAAGAAAGUGAAGAUAAUACAACUGAACAAGAACAAAAUUCAUCAAAUAAUUUGAAUAAAAAUAUCAAAGAUAAACUGCUCAUUAAUAAUGAAAAUGUCGAAGAACAAUCGGAACUGGAUAGUGAUGAUGAUUUAAUUCCUUAUGAUAUAUCCAAUGACACUAAAUUAUCUGAGAAAUUAAGACCCGCAUAUUUGCGAGAUCUACGUGACAAUUUAAUAGAUGAACGAAAAACAACGAAUGCCGAAAUUUUUACUGAGACACUUGAAGUAUGCGAGGAAUUAAUUUUAUCUCAAUUACCUAAUGAUGAUGUAUCAUUUGGUAUAGAAUUAUUGGAAAUUCUUGUAACCCUUAAUGAAUCUUAUUUUGUAGAAGAUUUUGAGAUAUUAAUCUUUAAAUCCUGUGUAGCCAUUGUUACAGUGUAUCCCAAAGAAUGCGCAGUGUUUUUAUGUCAACAAUUUUAUAGUGACACAAGUAAAUAUUCCACAAGUCAGCGUUUACUUUUCUUAGACAUAUUAGCAGAAUCAGCUAGACGAUUGUCUAAAAUCGAUGUAUCGGAUGAUAAGUCUAAUAGCAAAGAGAUUGCACAUACUAGAAAAAUACCUACUAAAAGAAUAUCACUUUUUAUCGAUACUGACCAAAAAUCUGAUAUUUUAUGUUAUGAUGAUGAUGAUUGGGAUAAUACGCAUGCUGAAUCUAUCAAUUGGAGAGAGAUAAUUGACAAAAGAAUUGAAUCCAAUACAAGAAGAUUUGCCCGUAAUGCAAAACCUACAAAGAUGGUAGCAAACAAAUUUGGAAACGUCGCGUCAUCUUUCUUUUUUGCUCUUUUGUAUGGCUAUGGUAAACAAAGGAAUUGUUUGUAUAUUGGAGUAGAAUCAUACUCUGAUCUUAGAAAUUCUUUAUUAAUAAAAUUUCUUAAAACAAUAUCUACUAUAAUGGUAGCAGCACAAAAUUGUUUAAUUGCAUCAAAGAUGGGGAAGGAAAUAUUAGAAUUAACAUGGACUUUAAGAUAUCAUGAAGAAGCGAAAGUAAGACUCGCUGUGAUAGAGAAUGUUGCAGCAGUUGUUAUUGCAGUACCAAAAGAAAGUAUAAUAAAUGAGCUACUUGAACCUUUUUUGGAAGUAAGGCUUUGGCUUUUAAAUAUAUCACAAAAUAUGAUUAAUGGAGAACAUGAUAAAGACUGUAGGACAUUAGGUAGAAAUGUGUUAUUAUUGAUUGAUUCUGUCAUUGGCUCAACAUUCACCAAUAAUUAAAUCCUGAUAGUGUAUAAGCAUUUACUGAUUCAUCUCAUUCGUUUGGUAUAGAUCUGUAUUAAAACAUAUCCAAAAAUAUAAAACAAACAUUGUAUUAUAAGUUUCUAAAUAUACUUCUUCUAUGACUUAA